CAGCGGCCAGCCAAGCGCUCCUCCAGCACCGUCACCAUGUUGUGAUGCCGGGGGAGGGAGGGCUGUCUGCGGGCCAAACUGAGUGUAUGUGAGGGGGGAAGACAGACAAGACACUCAGGGCCUCGUCGUUACAUCGAUUCAUGCGAGGAAGCCGCGCCGCUAACUGUCAGUAAUCCACAUUUAUCUCCACUACAUUUAUUUGCGCUAAAUGUACAGUACAGGAGAAGCAAACAUGAGUUAAAUGGUUUGCUUUGUCGCUGCAUUUCCAUGCAGCCACGCUAGCUAGAUAGCUAGCUUGCUUGCUAAGCUAGCAGAGUUGAGCUUGGCUUGUUUUGCCAACUUUGGAGCAUAAAUAUGCAGUUUGUGGAAAUUAUUAUCCCCGGUGCAUGGUGUUCGUUAGCCCUAGCCUAAAAAAACACACCAGACUAUGUAUAUUUGUAGAAAUUAAUAGAAAUAGUUUGGUGACAGUUAAAGGAGCUAGCUAGCUAGCUAGCUAGCUUCGGGCUACGUGAAGGCUGUCUUGUGAGGACGAGGUUCUGUUUGCAGCCUGGGCUCCACCUAAACGCUGGAAUAAUGAUUGUAUCUUUGUUAUCCCCCCGAGCCAAAUCAAAAACGCAAAUCUUCGUCUGUCGGCUUGAAUGGCUUCCGUGUUUUAUAAACGUUAGCUUGGACGUGCCAGGACGAGACAAGCAGCAUUUAAAGACUGCAUUUCAAAGUCUUUAAAUAAUACACACAAAAAGACAAACAACGAGCCGUUUUUGGUUGCCCCCAAAGCAGCUCCGGCCCGGGCCCCAGUCCGCGGUCUUGAGUUUGACAGCGGGCUGCAGACUUUGUCCAAAGGCCGGUCGGUCCUGCAGCCAGCAGCACCAUGGGAGACAGCAGAGAUUCACGAAGUCCGGACAGUUCAUCCGUGUCCUCCCCCCCGUCAGGCCAGCGCUCGCCUCCGCUGGCUCUGUCAGCAGCGGCCUCCAUGACCUCCCUGCCUCCCAUCACCAGCGCCGGAGUCAACAGCCCCAUCAGUAGCAUCGGCUCCCCCUUUUCUGUCAUCAGCUCCUCGCUGGGCUCCCCCUGCCUGCCCGGCACGCCAUCGGUCGGCUACGGUCCCAUCAGCAGCCCGCAAAUAAACUCGACAGUGUCCAUGUCAGGGCUUCACGCCGUGAGCAGCUCGGAUGACGUCAAACCUCCGCUGGGAUUGAAGCAGCUGUCGUCACACAGCCCCGGCCCGAUGCUUUCCCAGAAACGCCUUUGUUCCAUCUGUGGAGACCGAUCGUCUGGAAAGCACUACGGCGUGUACAGCUGCGAGGGCUGCAAAGGUUUCUUCAAGCGGACGGUGCGCAAAGACCUGACCUACACCUGCCGGGACAAUAAAGACUGCAUGGUGGAUAAGCGGCAGAGGAACCGCUGCCAGUACUGCCGCUACCAGAAGUGCCUGGCCAUGGGCAUGAAGAGAGAAGUGGCUAAGAUGAACGACAGAUCGGUUCAAGAGGAGCGCCAGAGGAACAAGGAGCGCGAAGGUGAGGUGGAGUCCACCAGCGCCAUCAACGAGGAGAUGCCGGUGGAAAAGAUUUUGGAGGCUGAGGUGGCCGUGGAGCAGAAGACUGAGCUGCACACUGACGGAAGCUCUGGAGGAAGCUCUCCCAACGAUCCUGUCACAAACAUCUGUCAGGCUGCAGACAAGCAGCUCUUCACCCUGGUGGAGUGGGCCAAGAGGAUCCCACACUUCUCUGAGCUGGCCCUCGACGACCAGGUUAUCUUGCUACGGGCAGGUUGGAACGAGCUCCUGAUCGCGUCCUUCUCCCAUCGCUCCAUCUCAGUGAAGGACGGGAUCUUACUGGCCACGGGCCUCCACGUACACAGGAACAGUGCUCACAGUGCUGGAGUGGGAGCCAUCUUUGACAGGGCGCACAAUGCUGAGGUUGGGGCCAUAUUUGACAGGGUUCUGACGGAGCUGGUGAGCAAGAUGAGAGACAUGCAGAUGGAUAAGACUGAGCUGGGCUGCCUUCGAGCCAUAAUCCUCUUCAAUCCAGAUGCCAAGGGUUUGUCCAACCCCAGUGAGGUGGAGAUGCUGAGAGAAAGGGUGUAUGCAUCGCUUGAGACUUACUGCAAGCAGAAGUAUCCGGACCAGCAGGGCAGGUUUGCUAAGCUCCUCCUCCGGCUGCCGGCCCUGCGCUCCAUCGGCUUGAAGUGCCUGGAGCACCUGUUCUUCUUUAAACUGAUUGGCGACACGCCCAUCGACACCUUCCUUAUGGAGAUGCUGGAGGCACCUCACCAGCUCACCUAGACGAGCCGGGUUCCAGUCAGGAUCCCCUUGCACGCCAGGAUUAGCCACAUGCCGUUUAGGCUCAUUGGGGCUUCACUUAAUGAAACUGCGACACCUGCUGGUCUUUAAGUGCAAGCUCACAAAACACACUUGAAGACACACGCACAAAUUGGCUCAGUCUCCUCACCCACUCUAUUACACACAGAUCUAACUUGCAGAGGCGACACAAUUUAACAUGAUGCUAUUAUCACUAUCUUUCUUGUAUUCAGUGUUUCAGCUGUUCUCAUCUGCAUACACAGUAUACUAUAUUGCACAUACAUAUGCAUAUAUAUUUAUUAUAAAUGAGUGUGUGUGUAUAUGCACAUGUAUGAGAAGUAAACAUUUUAAUCAUCAGUCAGCCUUCAUCUCAGGAGUGACUUUUUAUGCUUACUUGUUACUGUCACACUAACCCAUUUGGACCUGUUUGUGCCAGCGCCUCUGUAUAUUAGAUCCGCGCUCAUUGACGCGUUUGGCUUCCAAUCAGGAGCGUCACAUUUCAAUCAACAAUGCGCCAUCAAACCAGCACGUGCCGCGAUUGUCACCAGUUCCAAUCCAAUCCCAAAAUGUAUUGGAUACUUUUUUAUUUUGAUGAUAAUGCUGCAGUUUUUUUUUUUUCCAGUUUCUAUUUUGAAGUACUGUACUCAUGAAAUGAGAGCUUUUCUUCCCAAGGCAUUGAAAGCCAGGAGAGUCUGGAAGCACUUUGAAUGGCUAACGUAGUCCUUCCCCAUCCUCCCGAUGCGCACAGUGGGCUUUGUAUGGCAAGAAGAAUGACUUGAAUUUUUGUUUUGUUUUCUUUCGAUGUGAGCCUUGUUCUCUACGCUGGCAGUUGAUUGGUGGCCGUUUGAACAGCUUGAGGAAGUCCAUCAUCUGGUUUUUCCUUUUUGUCGCCCAGAAACUCUGCUUUGCCCGUGGUCAUUUUUGCACUUUGGCGAGUUGUAAAUAUUUCUUCUGAAUGACCAGGUACUACCCAUAGGCUUUCUCGUGGUUGCUUAAAUAUCGAGUCAGAUCAAAUGGUUUUUAAUAAAUGCCUGUUUGUUAGGUACACCAAGCUAAACAUGAUUCUGGCUGACACUGACAACUUUGUUUUGGGUUGCAGCAAAAUGAGCUUGGCGUACUUAAUCACCUGGCAGUAGGACGGCAGCAUUCUGGUGUAGGAUUCUUAUAUGGAGCUCACCAGUUGCUUCUCUCUGCUUUGUUGUGGAGUCAACAGCAGGGCAUGUGAAGGUAAAAAGACACCAGUGUUUCGAUGUGACAUUAUUCUUGCCUGGCGCACAAUACAAGAGGACGUAUGACAUAUGCAACAAAAGUGUUUGCAUCCCAAAGUUUAGGAUGUGAGUAGGCCUGUCACGAUAACACAUUUUGGAAGACGAUAAUUGUGCUCCAAACUAUUGCCCAUAAACGAUUAUUUUCAACAGCGUUUUUUUUUUUUUAUGAAUGCAAUAAUAAUAUAAGGCAUGAUAAUGCGAGUACACCGAAUCAAAAGCAAGAAACUUUAAUUUCUCUAGAGUAUUUAAUAGUAAUGUACAAUAUCUUUGUUUCAAACUGAAACCAAUAACUUUCUGCUUCAAGAGACUUAUAACUUUUUACUUUUCUUUUUAAAUUUAGAUUUAACUGUAGCACACCUGGGGGUAAGGAGGACUGGAACAAAUUAGGAUUUCACCAAGGAUUUGACAAAUCAACUAGCUGUUGAUUUGUCCGAAUCAUUACUACUACCACAUCACUACUACCAGGAGAACUAGAGUAUAGAGGGGGAGAAGCCACCUGCCGUGGCCCAGCAAGGUGCACUGUAUUUGGGCACAUGCUCCGAACAGCCGGUGUGACGCCACGGAGUGCUCACCCGCACAGUACGGGCAAUCUCGCCUCUGUGGGGCGCUUUUUAAAAUGAUUGGUUAUCGGCGCUAUUUUUAAUGUUAUCGAACUUAUUGGUAUGGCAUCAUAAUUCCCUUCUCGUCAGUCUGAUAAUUAUUGUGCACCGCUAUUGUUUAUCGUGACAGGCCUCGAUGUGAAUUAGUACGUUGUAAUGCACGUGUAAAUAUUAGGAAACACACACCGUCUCAUCACGUGGCACCAAACAAAAAACGCGUGUUAAAAUUCAAAUUUGAAUUCCGACUGUGGCCAAACUCUGCAGCCUUUGCACCAACGUUCUUGAUUGGAUGUCAUCAACAGCGGCACUUGACAUCAUAUACUGUGAUUUAACAAGCACGGUCACCACGCCUAAGCUAUGAUCCAAACCAGUGCUUGGCACAUACUGGUAUGGAUUUGUUAUUAGCGUGUUUUUGUUUUCCGAGUAGUGGAGUAUUUUAGAAGUUUCCGCAGUGAAUAGAAUGGAGCAUCAUGGUGUCAUUCAACAGGGAAGAGGUGCGGAUGUCCUCUACCGGGUGCUAAAUAUCCAACAGUCUUUUUUUAUUCAUUUGACACUUGCACAUGUACACCAAUGCAAUGCACAGUAUGCAAGAGAGAAUCAAAACAUGUUAGUUUCCUUAUGCCACCCCACCCCAAGACUUCACACAGUGGAAUUAGAUGUGAAGACCUUCCUGCCCUGCAGAUAGUCCAGAUAUGUCCUCUGAAAGAGGAUCUUCAUUUUUUUUUAUUUUUUUUCUCUUUUGGCUUGUGUGAGUUGGAGGCCCUGUGAGACAGGUGCUUGUUUCUGAAAAGGCUUUGGGUUUUUCUUCACUCAUGCACACCUUGGCAGGAACAAUGGCGUCAAGGCUGCGUCGUGGCGAGUGCAGUUUAGAGGGUUUUAGGAGCCCUCAGCUGAGCUUCCAGGAGAUGAGCAAACAUGCAUGUUUGUACGAACGCUCUCAUUUUUGACUUGAUUGAUGGCUCUACUGUGCUUCCCUACAGAAGCUUCCUCUGCUGCAGUCAAUCAUGUUUCUGUGCGGGGAUGACUGAUUUUCAUGAUGGUGACGUGUCAAAAUAUGCAAGGUGGAGCAUCUCACUGCGGCUUGUGACACAUUAGGCGCCAAUUUGCCGGUCUGUUACAGAAGCAAUGAUGUGUUGGAGGACGCUAGAGCUGAGAUGUUUCAGUUCUUCCAGAAAGUGUGGCAGGUUGGCCACAGCUGUGUAGUUUUACACACAUUUGCUGUGAUAUGAGGAAGCGUGGGAGGAAUGAGAGCCUGGCUGGAGGUGACGGUCAGCGCUUUAUACUUAGGGCUGUCAAAAAUAGCACCUUAAUGAUGGUAGCGAAGUUAUUUAAUUACGUUUUUAAAAUUUGCAUAAUCGACGCAUUCGCAUCAUGUCAAGCCACCACUCUGUUAUGACGGCAGACGUAGGCGCAAAUAGAGACAGAGUCUGACGCUCUUUUAUAACUUUAUUCUGACCUGAACACAUCAACAGCAGUGCAAUUCCAACACCGUAUAUGUAUCUCCAACUCACAAACACGCUUGGAAGCGUUAACGUGAGGUGUAGCGUUACGUUCUUCAUUGUUAUGUGAAAUCAAUGCACCCAGCAUGGAAGUUCCCAAAAUACUGCAAGUAUUACAUAUUACUACACGCUCACAGCAUGGAUAGAAAACCAUAAAACCUUGUUGGAGUUGUUUAGUAGCGGCCUUUCUAGGCGGAAUAGACGUGUCCCAUUACGUGCAUUAACUAGCCGCCUCUUUUUUGCUGUUUGUAUAUCUCAGAAAAGAGAAAGGCAUGUGUUCAUGUCUCAGAUAAGGAUUGUGGAUGAUGGGGAAAAAUUCCCCCCAAAAAAGUGCAGUUUUCAUUCAAGUUGUGUUGUCUUUGAACACAACCUUCAUGGCUCAUAACAACAUGAUUAAAGUGUGAUUCUGUGUGGUGUGGUAUGGUAUAGUACGGUAUGGUGGUGUGGUAUCUUUUAGCGUGAUUUAAACUUUCAGUUCAUUUGGAGCUGUUAAUUCCAUUCCAUUCCAUUUUCCUCCGCUUAUCCGGGUCCUGGUUGUGGGGGCAGCAGUCUCAGUAGGGAAGCCACGACUUUCCGGUCCCCGACCACCUCCUCCAGCUCCACCGGGAGGACACCAAGGCGUUCCCAGGCCAGCUGUGAGACAUAAUCCCUCGAGCGUGUCCUAGGUCUUCCCCGGGGCCUUCUCCCGGCUGGGCAUGCCCGAAACACCUCACCAGGGAGGCGUCCGGGAGGCAUCCGGACUAGAUGCCCGAGCCACCUCAGCUGGCUCCUCUCGAUGUGAAGGAGCAGCGACUCUCCUCUGAGGUCCUCCCGGAUAACCGAGCUCCGCACCCUGUCUCUUAGGGUGAGUCCCGCUACCCUACGAAGAAAACUAAUUUCAGCCGCUUGUAUCCGCGAUCUCGUUCUUUCGGUCAUGACCCAAAGCUCAUGACCAUAGGUGAGGGUGGGAACAUAGAUCAAUUGGUAAAUUGAGAGCUUUGCCUUCCAGCUCAGCUCUCUCUUCACCACGACGGUCCGGUACAGCGACCGCAUUACUGCAGACGCUGCGCUGAUCCGCCUAUCGACCUCACGCUCCAACCUUCCCUCACUCGUGAACAAGACCCCGAGAUACUUGAACUCCUCCACCUGGGGCAGCACCUCAUUCCCAACUCGGAGGGAGCAAUCCACCCUUUUCCGACUGAGAACCAUGGCCUCGGAUUUGGAGGUGCUGAGUCUCAUCCCAGAAGCUUCACACUCAGAUGCAAACCAUCCCAGUCAACGCUGCAGGUCACAGCCCGAUGAGGCCAUCAGGACCACAUCGUCUGCAAAUAGCAGAGAUGAGAUCCUAGUGCCCCCGAACUGGACGCCCUCGACACCUUGGCUGCGCCUAGAAAUUCUGUCCAUGAAAAUUAUAAACAGAAUGGGUGACAAAGGGCAGCCUUGGCGGAGGCCAACGUUCACCGGAAACAGGCUUGACUUACUACUGGCAAUGCGAACCAGGCUCCUGCUCCGGUUGUACAAGGACUGAAUGGCACGUAGUAGCGCGCCACCAAUCCCAUACUAUUGGAGCACCCCCCACAGGACACCGCGAGGGACACGGUCGAAUGCCUUUUCCAGGUCCACGAAGCACAUGUAGACCGGUUGGGCAAACUCCCAAGUACCCUCCAGUACCCUUGCAAGGGUGUAGAGCUGGUCCAGUGUUCCGCGACCAGGACGAAAACCACAUUGCACCUCCUGUAGCCGAGGAUCGAUUAACGGUCGUACCCUUCUCUCCACCACCCUGGAAUAGACUUUCCCAGGGAGGCUGAGGAGUGUGAUCCCCCUAUAGUUGGAACACACCCUCCGGUCACCCUUCUUAAAAAGGGGGACCACCACCCCAGUCUGCCAAUCCAGAGGUACUGUUCCUGACUUCCACGCAAUGUUGAAGAGACGUGUCAGCCAAGACAGUCCCGCAACAUCCAGAGCCUUGAGGAAUUCAGGGCGAAACUCGUCCACCCCCGGAGCUUUGCCACUGGGGAGCAUUUUGACUACCCCAGAUACCUCAGCCACGGUGAUGGAACUGUCCGCCUUCGUGUCCUCAGUCUCUGCUUCCUCUAUGGAAGGUAUGUCAGUGGGAUUGAGAAGGGCCUUAAAGUAUUCCUUCCACCGCCCAACUAUAUCCUCAGUCUAGGUCAGCAGGCCCCCGUCCCCACUGUAAACAGUGUGGACCGGGCACUGCUUCCCCUUUCCGAGGCGCCGGACGGUUUGCCAGAACCUCUUCGAGGCCGACUGAAAGUCGUGUUCCAUGGCCUCACCGAACUCCUCCCACACCCGAGUUUUUUCCUCGACCACCGCCGAAGCCGCGUGCCGCUUGGCCUGUCGGUACCUGUCAGUUGCUUCAGGGGUCCCACAAGCCAUCCAUGCUCGAUAGGACUCCUUCUUCAGCUUGACGGCAGCCCUGACCUCUGGUGUCCACCAUCGGGUUCAGGGCUUGCCGCCACGACUGGCACCGACAACCUUGCGGCCACAGCUCCGAUCGGCUGCCUCAGCAAUGGAGGCACCGAAUAGAGACCAUUCGGACUCGAUAUCCUCGUCCUCCCCCGGGAUGCAGGAGAAGCUCUGCCGGAGGUGAGAGCUGAACUCUACGAACCAGAGACUCUGCCGGAGACUCUGCCAAACGUUCCCAGCACACCCUCACUCCACGUUUGGGUUUCCCGGGUCUGUACGGCAUCCUCCCCGCCGCAAUCUAAUCCAACUCAUCACCAGGUGGUGAUCAGUUGACAGCUCCGCUCCUCUCUUCGGCCGCGGGUCCAGAACAUGCGGACGCAGGUCUGAUGAUACGACUACAAAGUCGAUCAUAGACCGGCGGCCUAGGGUGUCCUGGUGCCAUGUGCACUUAUGGACAUCCUUAUGUUGGAACAUGGUGUUUGUGAUGGACAAACUGUGGUUCGCACAGAAGUCCAACAACAUCACACCGCACGGGUUCAGAAUGCGGAGGCCGUUCCUCCCAAUCACGCUCCUCCAGGUCACACUGUCAUUGCCCACAUGGGCGUUGAAGUCUCCCAGUAAAACGACAGAGUCACCAGUUGGGGUGCUCUCCAGCACCCCUCUGAUGGACUCCAGGAAGGCUGGGUACUCUGAACUGCCGUUUGGCGCGUACGCACAAACGACAGUCAGGACCCUUUCCCCAACCCGAAGGCGUAGGGAAAUGACCCUCUUGUUCACCGGGGAUGACUCCAACACAGAGGCACCGAGCCGGGGGGCUAUUAAUAAGCCCACACCAGCUCGCCGCCUCUCCCCUGCAGCAACUCCAGAGUAGAACAAGGUCCAGCCCCUCUCGAGGAGUUUGGAUCCAGAACCCAAACUGUGGGUCCGACUAUAUCUAGUCGGAAUGUCUCAACCUCUCUCACAAGUUCGGGCUCCUUCCCCGCCAGAGAAGUGACGUUCCAUGUCCCAAGAACCAGAUUUGGCCGCUGAAGACCAGGUCGCCUAGGUGCCCGCCCUCGACCGCCACCCAAAACGCAAUGCACCGGACCCUUAUGCUUGCCCCCGCAGGUGGUGGGUCUACAGGGGGGAGAUCCCGUGUAGCUUCUUCGGGCUGAGCCCGGCCGGGUCCCACGGGUGAAAGCCCGACCACCAGACGCUUGCCUGCGAGCCCCUCCUCGAGGCCUGGCUCCAGGGUGAGGCCCCGGUAUCCCACUUCCGGGCGAGGUGCGGUCUCUCCUCGUGUGUUUGUUCAUACGGGUCUUCUGAAUCACUCUUGGUCUGGCCCAUCACCCAGGACCUGUUUGCCUUGGGAGACCCUACCAGGGGAAUAUAGCCCCAGACAACAUAGCUCGUAGGAUCACUCGGGCACGCAAACCCCUCCACCACGGUAAGGUGGUGAUUCACGGAGGGGGAGCUGUUAAUUAUGAUGGAGUAUUAGGGCCACAUUGUUUAAAAAAAAAAAAAAAAGGCUGAUUUUGAGAAUAAAAGUUAUAUAUUUAUGAGAAUAAAGUGGUAAUAUUAGGUCGUGGUGUCAUACGUGUCAGAGGAAAAAUAGCGCAUAGUUCUUCAGGAAGGAGGGAAACUUUCCUCUUGCCUCAGGCAAGCUUUUAUUUAUUUAUUUAUUUAUAUAUAUAUAUUUUUUUUUACCCCUGUCCUGUCCAGCCUUUAAAGCAGAUAUAAUUGUACAUCUAAAUACCGUCAAGUGCUCAACAGAUUUACUCUGCCAGGGAGAAGUGUGAUAUACACUUCUCGUGUUCGACAGAAUUUAUUUGACUGAGAUGCUUGUUAUUAAGCAAAUUUGGAGCGAUCGGACCGGAGCAGGAGGGGACAGAGAAGAAGAGAAAAGAAAACAGGGGGUGGGGUGAGGGGGACAAAAAAAAAAAGACACAAGAGACAAGGACAACAGCAGCAACAACAACAAUUGUGACAACAGUGAUCACAAUGACAGUACUGCAUUGAAACAGUCACAGCAAGCUUUUAUUUAUAACGGGACAGCAAAACUGAGCAGUUGAGCACAAACGGAUUAGCAUGGGUUAGUAUCGUCUCAAGACGCCUUCCUUACCGUGCCCCCUCCACAAAAGCCCCCAUUUUCAUAGCUGUCUCAGGCAAUGCCUAUAACAAAGUUCAGACUUUUAUUCUUGUAAAUUUAUGACUUUAUGCUCGUAAAAUUUAGAGUUUUUUCUCGGAAAUGUAUGACUUUAUUCUCAUCAUAACAGGCAUUGCCUGGGACAGCUAUGAAAGUGGGGGACUUGUGUGACCUUUGGCCUUGGUCAAAAGUAAUAUUACGACUUUUUUUCUCGUAAAUUUAAAACUUAUUUUCAUAAAUUUACGACUUUUAUUCUCAUCAAUUUACGACUUCUCUAAAUUUGCGACUUUUUCCUCAAUGUGCGACUUUUAUUCUUGUAAGUUUACGACUUUUUUCCCGUAAAUUUAUUACUUUUAUUCUCAUCAAUUUACGACCUCGUAAUUUGCGACUUUUUCUCAAUGUACGACUUUUAUUCUUGUAAGUUUACGACUUUUUUCUCGUAAAUUUAUGACUAUUCUCGGAAAAUCAAGAUUUUCAUUCUCGUAAAUUUAUGACUUUUAUUCUCGAUUUAUUUUGAUUCCCCCAAUGUGUCUAUAAUACUCUGUCAUAGUUAAUCCAUACAAACAGUAUACAGUAAUAGUAAUACAUACAGUAUAUAUAAUUGUGUCCUGUCAUUCAUCUUUCUUUUCAUAAAAUACUGCAAAAAUGGGCAUAUUUCACACGUACUGGCAAAUGAUAAUUAAUCAUGAUUGAUUAAUUUGAAAUGGAUUAAUUUGUUUUAAAAAUUGUAAUCAUUUGACAGCCCUAUUUAUGAUACAGCCAUGCCCUAGCAAUUUUUUUUUUUUUAAAUCUAAGCUUCCUUUGAAAUGCUUGUGCGCACCAGAGGUUCUUCAUCAGAAAGGUUGUGUGACACAAUCCUGCCAUUUUUCUAAAAGGAUGUGAAGCUUUCUGGAGGACAAGUGUAGGGAGGUGCCAGGCACGGGCCCUAAUGCUCAUGCCUGUCCCCUCCCCGCCGCUUACUUUACUUGACGGGAGGGCGGUGCUGAUCAGUGGCCCGCCUCUUUGGAAAUGUUUGUCAUUGUGACCUUGUGCACUCGGGGGGCCGACACGUGCCGCCACCUUUUGACGUGCUCCUCGUCGUCACAGACGCCCUCGUUGUUACAUUUGGAGAUGAUGUUUGAAAGGAAGUAUGCAUUUUUUAACAAUGGAUUGCAGGCGAAGACUAGUUUAGAUAUUAAGUUUGCAUCUGAAGAUGCCACAUUGACCCCAUAGAGGCACAUACAUAUAAAGAGGUCAUCGAAACGGCAGCUCGUGGUCAUCAGGAAAGACCAGUGUUUGGACCCUCCAUGGUGCUAAGCCUGAGCGUUGGUGCUUGCUUUGAUCCACUUUUUUUUAUCUAGAAGCAGAGAACUGGAUGGGCUUGGCACUCUGUUUUAGAUUGAGGGUUUUGAGGAGGCGAUGAUGGAGGACUUUUGAGGAAGGUCAAGCGGGGAAGGAAACAGGGGGAAAAAAACCUCCAUUUCCCCUGUAGAUCUAGAAUCUUCCUUAACUGUUUUAACUAAACAAAAUUCACCCUUUCUUUGUCUUAUUCUCCCUAUGCUACCCACCUGUUUAUUACAAAGUAUUAAACAAAUACAUAAACGGUAAGAUCCGGAUGGAAUGUGUCACCCUUACGUUCAAUUUCUCUUUCAUGUCUGUUCUUUGUCCUGUUUGUGUCUUACUCCAUCUUACGUGUGGAGCCGAGUGACUGAUGUGUGCUUUGGAGAGCGAAUGAAAGAAAAAAUAUGACUUGUUUUUUUUCCCCCCAGUCAAUAAUUUUGAAUCUUGUUUUUGUUUGUCGUAUUAUGUCCGAGUAAAGCUUUUAAUACUGUAUACAAACUGCUUUUCAUGUCGUUAUUCCAAAUAGGGAUGGCACAGUCCUCAGUCCAGCAGGACCCCCAGGGCCCCGGCUGACCACGACUGGCGCUGCAAUUUCACCAGUUAGCCUCCAGAGGGAGCACUAACCUUUAGUCGUGGCAAGGGUGGGAGCGUCGUGCCGCCUAACCCCGCCUACUUUGCACCUCCCAGCCAAUGAAGAAGCGGCAUACCUCAGCGCUGUCGAUGCUGCCACCUGGCACUCUGCUGGCCCACAUUUGCUGAGCACACUGGCAGGAAUGUGAUGCGUUUGGAUGUUCUUGGCUCCUCCUACGCGCUUCAUGUCCACCGCGCAGCUUAAUGGAUAUGUGCCGCUUUUGCUCAUGUGUGUUUUAAAAUGUCACCUGAAACGAGACUACUCAACCCUCUUUGUUUUUGUUUUUUUGGUUGGUGUAUUUUCUACAUUGGCGAGACUUGAAAAGACAUACUGUGUGGUUUCGUUGUUCACAAAACAAGAGUGAAUGUGUCGUCCUUUGAUGAAUGAAACAAACGUGAAGGGUUUAUUCUCAUGUCAUUCUAGCAACUGCCGGCAGGGGGAGUGCGCACAGUGAGGCGUCUGUUGAGAAUCAUGUGUUCACGUCCCCUCCAUGUCUACUUCAUGUCAAGUUCAGGUAACACAAGCCACCCUACACAAUGUAUGCUAGAGGACCGAGGGCACCACGUGUUUGCCGCACGUCCUCUCAUCACAAUCCUCCAUCACCACAAGCUUCUGGGACGCUCUUCACCUGUUCUUCCACCACCACCUCCUCCCAGCCUUUUCCUGACUCUUUCUCAGGACGACGCUGAUGUUCGCUUCCGAUACGAUUCAAGGUGGUAUUAACCAUUGUCACAAAUAGAAUCAAGGUUUGACAAAUCAGAAACUGUUUUUUGUGAACCUUUGGGGUCUGUAGAUUAUUCCAGUCCAGAUUUGAGAAGCCUAUGCCUAGUCGAGGCUGUGCGUUUUCGCACAUAGAAUAAAAGUUUCACAAAUCACAAACUGUGUUUUUAUGAACCUUUGGGGUCUGUAAAAUUCAUCCAGUCCAGAUUUGGGAAGUCUAGGCCUAGUGGUUUUCAAAGUGGACCAGGUCUAACACGGUUAAGGCGGAAAAUGUAGAAAAAUGUUCCUUUAUUGCAUUUUCACACAUAGAAGGUUUCACAAAUCACAAACUGUUUUUAUGAACCUUUGGGGUCUGUAAAUUAAUCCAGUCAAGACUUGAGAAGUCUACGUCUAGCGGUUUUCAAAGUAGACCAUGUCUAAUAUGGACUAGGUGAAAUCUUACCUAAAAUGUGUAAAAUGUUUUCACAUUAAGAAGUGUCACAAAAAAAAGAGAUCUUCAGGACCAACAUUACGUCAAUUCCACCUUAAAUUUCUCCUUAAGGGCUGAAUGGGAAGCCAACUUCAGCGUCGUCUUUCUCAUCCUAUUCCACCGCCUUCUUCGAUUCCUACCGCAUCCUCCCCGUUCUCCUUCCACCUCCUCUAAUGCUCUUGGUCUUUUCUGUCCUAAGUGGCUCCCACUCAGAGAAGACAAGACGGGAGGUCAAAUUCUUCCUGAUUCCUGCGUCCUCUUAGAAGUCUUGUGUCUUUGAUUAUUUUUGUCCACUUGGGCCACAGUUGUGCACCGCAGUCUGUUACAUUUUGCAGCACUUUGUGACUGCGGUUUCUUCUUUUUGGGUCAGUGUCUGUCCCUCCCGUCCCUCAGCUCUAAUGACAUGACACACGUCUCAUGCUUGGCUGCACACGGAGACUGAGCACGCCCCACAGAGCGGGGCUAAGCUGGGCCGAAACCGACAUAAGAGGUUGUAAUUUUACACUUCUGCUUUCUGAUCCAGAGGACAUGGGAGACCAGGGACAUCAGGGAAAAGUCCAGAACUUAACAGGAACCACUUGCAUGCUACUUCAAGGGUGUCCAAAGUGUAGCCUGGGGACCAUCUGCAGCUCUUUUUUUUUUUUUUUUUUAAAGUCUUUUAACGCUUUGUUUUCCCGUCAGCUUAAUUUGGUUUAGUUUUUACAGUGGAUGCAACCUUCCGAAUUCAUCCAGGCUUGGGGCCAGCGCUGGACCAAUAGUUGGGUUUUGGAGCGUUGGUCGGGUAUCAAACCUGUACACGUCUGCAGAAAAGAUCAACAGCGUGUGCCAUAACACCACCAGAGCUCCGCUGCAUGUUCUGAAAAUAGAGUUAAACAAGAAUACAAAAAAGCAAAAAUGUUUAUAAAAGAAGAGCACAAAGAUGUGAUGCAGGCUGUUUUUCCUUUGCAUAUUUACGCUGGAUUGCUUUUUAGCCCGUUCAUACAAUUUUAAAAAUCACAUCAUAGAACAGUGGAGAGAAAUUUAGAGUAACUAAGUGACAAAAUGUGAUGACGUCAUAUAAAUUUAAUCAUUAAAAAUAAUCGUCAGAAACUAACUGUCAAAAUAUGAUUGAU